UCUAACUUGAGACUAUGAGCAAUGGCAGGGAUGACAGCAGUUCUGUUUCGAGGGGCGAGUUUCUCGCCCGGUAUCCGAAAGUGUGGUUUGUGUCAUAUCAAUGUACAACGGUCAUUCAGCAUUUUAGUGAAAAAUCAAAAGCAGCUACUGACGUCCAAGGUCCAUGAUGGAAUCCCUAGAUACUGUGGAAAACAUGGUGGAUGGAAUAAGUACUCCAUCUCGAAGACAUCUUUGUUUCGAAAGUUAUUACCCCCAAAAGUUGGCAAAAGAACUUGUUUUCACCCUGGAGCCUCCACCCUUGCACCUAAUGAAAUUAAUUCUACUAAAAAAGAAGUUAGUGGAUGGGACAUAGUGAAGGCCAUGAUGACCUAUAUCUGGCCCAAGAACAAACCUGGAAUCAAGGCUAGAGUUGUGAUCGCAGUCGGGCUUCUUGUUGGGUCCAAGGUGAUGAAUGUACAGGUGCCUUUCAUCUUUAAGUAUGCAGUAGACUGGCUUAAUGCUCCCAGUAACUGGCUAAAUCUUGACGAUCCAACAGCUACAAUUAUUACCAUGGCAACAGCUUUAUUAAUAGGCUAUGGUCUAGCCCGAGCAGGUGCUUCAGCAUUGAAUGAGCUUCGCAAUGCUGUGUUUGCCAAAGUGGCUCAAAACUCAAUACGCCGUGUCGCCCGCAAUGUAUUUCUUCAUCUACAUAACCUUGACCUUAGUUUUCACCUUUCUCGUCAAACUGGUGCUGUGUCCAAAGCCAUAGAUCGAGGAACAAGAGGCAUUAACUUUGUUCUGAGUGCACUGGUGUUCAAUGUUGCACCAACAAUAUUCGAGGUUUCCCUGGUAACCUCCAUAUUGUACUACAAGUGUGGGAUUCAGUAUGCCAUGGUGGCUCUGGGUUGUAUUGGGACCUACACCCUCUUCACUCUGCUCGUCACACAGUGGAGGACUCAGUUUCGUGUAAAGAUGAACCAGGCAGACUCUAAAGCAGGAUCUAUGGCCAUUGAUUCACUCAUCAACUACGAGACUGUGAAGUAUUUCAACAAUGAGAAGUAUGAAGCUGACAAGUAUGACAAGGUGUUGAAGAACUAUGAGACUGCCUCCCUCAAGACCACCACCAGUCUGGCCAUGUUGAACUGGGGACAGAAUGCCAUCUUCAGCGCCGGAAUCACUGGCAUCAUGCUGCUGUCCAGUCAACAGAUAAUGGCAGGUACUAUGACUGUUGGGGACCUGGUGAUGGUUAAUGGACUCCUCUUCCAGCUCUCUAUGCCUCUCAACUUCCUCGGUUCCGUGUAUCGGGAAGUUCGCCAGUCCCUGAUCGACAUGCACACCAUGUUUAGUAUCCUCAACAUAACACCCAAUGUGAUGAAUGAUCUCAAUGCUCCAUCACUGUGCAUCACACCCUCUGAGUCCACCAUCACGUUUGAGGAUGUGUAUUUUGAAUAUGUUCCGGGACAGAAGAUUCUCAAUGGUCUGUCAUUUACUGUACCAUCAGGGAAGAAGGUAGCUGUUGUUGGUGGCAGCGGUUCAGGAAAAUCGACCAUUGUGAGGUUGCUGUACCGCUUCUUUGACACAGACCAGGGACGUAUUCUGAUCAAUGGGCAGGACAUAAAAUCCUUGAAUCUGGACAGCACUCGGAAAGCUAUAGGAGUCGUUCCUCAGGAUUGUGUGUUGUUCCAUGACACUGUCUUCAACAACAUCCAUUAUGGUGAUCUGACCAAGUCUGAGACAGAUGUACACAACGCUGCCCAGAUGGUGGAACUGCAUGAUGCCAUUAUGACCCGAUUCCCUAAUCAGUAUGAAACCCAGGUUGGAGAGCGGGGCCUCAAGCUCUCAGGGGGAGAGAAGCAGAGGGUAGCCAUUGCCAGGACCAUCAUGAAGGACCCUCCCAUCAUUAUCUAUGACGAAGCUACCUCAAGCCUGGACACAAUCACAGAACAGAACAUUCUAUCAGCACUUCGUGAGGUAACGAAAGGGAAGACCACAGUAGUGAUCGCUCACCGACUGUCAACUGUUGUUGAUGCAGAUAUGAUAUUGGUGUUGGAGAAAGGUCGUGUGGCGGAGCAAGGGACACACUACAGCCUCCUGGCCGAUCCCAACAGUCUGUACAGCCAUCUGUGGACUAAGCAGAGCCAGGUAAAGAUGGCUGACCCAGCAGAUGCAGAUGCAGAUGCCUCGGUCCUGGAAGAAACAGAUGACAUCAAGCAGUAACUGAAGACAAAGAAACAGACCUUGAAGGCAAAGAUGACAUAAUGCUGAAUCAACAGGUCAGACAACUUGGUAGUGGAGAGAACAGAUGAUAUUAAUCAGUGGCAGCAGACGAUUUAGUCCUGGAAGAAGGAGUCACAGACAACUUGGCACUGAAGGAAACAGAUGACAUCUAGUAGGGGCAGCAGACAACUGGGUCAUGGAGAGAAAGGACAACAGUAAACAUCAGUCACAGACUCCUUGAUCAAAGAGAAAGCAGUCACAGACAACUUGGUCCGGAAGGGAACAAAGUCAAGUGGCAGUGCAGACACAGGAGCACACCUCGAGGAAACAAAUGGCAUCAAGCAGUAGCUUUAACAAUAGCAGCAGCAGCAGCAGCAGCAGCAAGCAGCAGACAGUUUGUCCUCUUGGGAACAAAUGACAUUGAGUACUUGAAUACCCAUUUCAGUUCUUGCUUCAGAUAUCUCAUUUCAGGGCAUCUUGGCACUGAUAUCUGCAGUAUGUGCCAGCAUGGAGGUAGCUUGUGUAUGGUGUAAACAACUCAGGUACUCGAUAUCCAAAAAUGAAAUUGUUCAGUAGCACCAAGAUUAUUUGCAGAGAUGUAGUAUUUAGAUCUUAUAUGCUGGCACCAAACAUCACCGCUUGACAUACUCAAAGUUCCAACUUAGACUAAGGUAGCAAAUGAAUAUCCUUAACAUUCAAGAUUCACAUUCAGAUUGUUGGUUAUGUUCACUGGAAGACAAAAUCUGUUUCUCAUGUUAUCUUCUGUACUUAUAGCGUUGUCUAUUGCUCUCUAGUUGUACAGAAAAAUGUCCUCCAGAGGGUGCCACUUUACAAGUAACAGUACAAAGGCUAUCAACCAUCUUCCCACAGGUUUGUCACACCCAUUUCACCCCAAACUGCUUGGUCUCAUGUCUCAGGUCUGCUUUCCCACUACGUGCUUCUGUAGCCAGAUGGCUGGUUGUGUUUGCCUAAGUGUAGAGCACCAAAUUUAAGUCUAUGGUGUGUUCAAUCAGUGUAUGAAAUAAGGCCAAUCCGACCGCCCAAGACGGGUUAGAUUUCAGACAGACGGUCUAGAUUUACAGCUAGCCAGCCCGAUGGUCUGGUAAAAAUUGAGAUAUUAUAUACAUCUAAGUCAAAUCUUGGUGUCUGGUCUGGUAACAUUUUGAAGUUACCAGCCCUGAUGUCUGGCUGGGGUUUUGGCUAUUUUCAUACACUGGUUCAAUCUUAGGACUUGUGCAUUCUGUUGUUUGGGCAUAGGGUAAUGUGUGACACCUUCAGUUUUGUGUGAUAUUUUGGGUUUCCAUAUUAGCUGAAAAUAUAAACAAUGGGCUUUUUGGGGGUGUUGAGUGUACGUACCCCAUGGUGCUUCCAUGUUAGAAAAGGUCUUGGACAACUUCCAUGUCUUGACUUGAGUUAGAUACGUCCCCAGUAACCUAUGCUCGUCAUUAGAGGUGGAGAAACAGAUCAGGUAGUCUGCUUUGAUGUUAUGAUUGAUUGCUGUCUGUGCUAUUAAACCACAAGAGAACAGAAUGAUGAAAUCAAUAUGGUGGUCAGGCUCAGUGAUCUGAUUGAUUGUACCACAGUGGAAUGGAAACAUAAUACCAGUCACCACAUUGUCUGAUCCAGACUUUAUUGUGUACCAGCUUACAACAGUUGAGUGCAGCAAUAAAACCACAUAAUAGUUGCAUAUAAAUGGAUCACAGGCUACCAUGGUUACUUGAUUAGAGUCAAAGUAUAUACUUUACAUUCACUCGAUCUCCCAUAGUAACCAUGAUGUUGGUAACAUAAGCUUCCACCAGUCUUCACAGAAUUGGUGUGUUUCUUCAUACAGGAGUUAUAUAGUCAUUAAGUGAGAGGUUUGUUUGUCAACAAUGCAUUUGCAAUGUUCUUGCAAUAUGUCUGCAACAAAUAAAUAACAAUCAAAACCAGUGAUUGAUACUGUGAGCGCUCCCCAAGUUACUGUGUCCAAUCUUACGGAGUUUCACAGUCCAAUCUUUUCCAGAAUCCCAGUUUCAUUACAACAGAUCUACUCCUACAAAUCUUUGUGAGACCAACAGGAAUGCCACAGUGUGUUCUCCUCACUGAGACCACCUCAAUGGACAUGGUGUCAGAUCAAAUUAUACUUAGUCAGUGGUUAAUGAGAUUAUGAACAGUAAGGCUGAGGUAGUCAGAAAUCAAAGUUUGGUUGACCCAGGAUUCAUUGCCGAGUAAGAUCUGUAAACAUUGUACGUGUUGUAAACACAUUUGUAAACUCAAACACAAUUGAACAAGAGAAUGCAUAUGAUAUUCUUUUGAAAAUAAUAUGCAGAGUAUUUCUUAGAUGUAACUGUUUUUCAUAGUUCUGAUGUUUAAUUUAUAUUAUUACUGUGUAUAAUUUGCACUUUUCUACAAGUAUGAUUUUACAGAUUCCCAUGACCAUGAUUCCAGAACAUAAACAUUCAGUAGGAACAAGAAGAAAGUAACAGUUGUGACUUGUUUGUGAACUACAUGGCAUGUUUAUCUUGCUCACUGAUAUGGACUCAUGGGCAAAUUGGAGCCAACAGCCUCAGGGUUGUGAGUGUGAAAAUUCAUCAGCUACAGGCAUUGAUAAGUUCAGGGCAGUGGGGUAGCCUGGUGGUUAAAGUGUUUGCUCGUCAUGCCGAAGGCCUGGGUUCGAUUCCCCACAUGGGUACAAUGUGUGAAGCUCAUUGCUGGUGUACCCUGUCGUGAUAUUGCUGUAUAUUGCUAAAAGCGACGUAAAACCCAACUCACUCAUUGAUCAGUUCAGUAGUGCAUAUAUUGUUAUUGUGUUUGAUACAACUAUC